AUGCAGCAGUUUCCGGGGCAAAUUGUACCCCAGGUUCGGCCCGAACUAUACGAAUUACUGAUCAAAAGGAAGAAGAGGGCUAUAUGGCUUUCAAGCAUCCUCCUACUUCUUUCACUCCUAAUCACCGCUGCUGGUAUUGCCACUGCAACAAGAACAGAGAAUAUAAGCGUCAUCGGCUAUGUGUCCGGAAUAAUUCUUGCCUUUGGGUCUUUUCUUGCUCUGCUGGGACUCUUUCUGGAUGAAAAUCGGAAGCAACUGCUGGUUGCAGCCAUCACCUUCCUCAGUUUGGGAGUUAUCGGAGCAUUUUUCUGUGUGAUCGUGGAUGGUGUCUUCAUCGCCAUAAACAUUGAUCUAAGACCAUUGCAUGCAAGCAGAUGUCAACAUUACACCAGUGGGCACAACUUUAUUUAUGAGAAUUAUCUGGCUAGUGUACCAUGCCAGAGCCUCACGGAGUCUUGCAAUCUGAAAGUGCGGAGUAACACUUGCUACUGCUGUGACUUGUACAACUGUGCCAAUGGUGAUUACCUGAACAAUUACUUUGAAUUUAUUGGAGUGAAGAGUUGCCAGGAGGUACAAGUGCUUUAUAUUAUGAUCUGGCUCGUCACGGCGCUGAAUGUUUCUGCCUUCCUUUUGGGAAUUAUCACCACUGCCAUCCUUGGCAGCUUCAAAAACAUGGAGUCUCUCAUUGGACCUGAGGUUAGUUUUCAGCUCUUCCACAUUCAGAAUUCCAGAUACAAGUCUAAGGAGCAGCGGGAAUCCCAGCCCAUACUAUCUCCAUCUGCACCGCUCCUGCUACACGAACAUGCAGCAGGCACAAUGCAUCAGGGACCCCCUGCUCAAUACAUGUCAAUGCCUGCACCGCUGCCUAGCUGUGAUUUUAACAACGUAAGGAAGGACACCAAUCCUCCUCCUUUUGCUCCGUUGUAUGAUUUUCUGCCGGAUUAGUCAGUGGGAUCUCCGACUCUGUGUAAAGACCAGACUACCCCGUCACUACAUGUUUGGUAUACCCAUCUGCAACCCAAACCCGUCAGACUUCAAGAGCUUAUCCGUGUUUUUGUACAGUUGUAUUCAGUGGCUGAUAGAGAAAAUGGCUUACUUUAUUUUUAUCCCCUUUUCCUUCAGUGUGAGAUAAUCUGAGUGUUGGACUUUCUAUCACAUAUUUACAACAUUGUACAAAAUCGA